AUGUCGAAAGUUCAAGCACCACCUCGGACAUUGUUUGGGGUGAUCAAAGAAGUUUUCAAUUGGUACCCGUCCUCGUAUUCUACGCAAGAGCGGAAACUUCUCUUCAAACUUGACUUGUCAAUUUUGAUUUUCGCAUGUCUUUGUUUUUUUACCAAGUAUUUGGACCAAAGUAACAUAAGCAAUGCGUACACUUCAGGCCUAAAAGAAGAGCUGAAUCUUCACGGCAAUGAGCUGAACUACUUCAAUGUUAUGUACUAUACGGCUUAUGUGAUUUCACAAAUCCCUAUGCUGUUGCUCAUUUCCAGACCAAAGCUGGCCCGUUGGAUGUUACCUACGCUUGAAAUCGUCUGGGGCGUACUUACUUUUGCACAAAGUCGUGUCACCAAUGUGCAUCAGCUUUAUGCGCUUCGAUUUCUUGUGGGAAUGGCAGAAGCGCCCGUGUUUGCAGGUACCCAUUUUGUUCUCGGCAGCUGGUACAAAGGACCUGAGCUUUUCAAACGUGCAGGCACCUGGUUCAUUUGUAACUCGCUUGGCCAGAUGGUUAGUGGUUACCUGCAGGCUGCCGCGUAUACAAACCUUUCAGGAGUGGGUGGAAUGUCGGGAUGGAGAUGGCUCUUUAUUAUCGAUGGAAUAUUCACGAUACCAGUAGCCCUUGCUGGAUAUCUCAUAUUUCCGGGAAUACCAGAGUCUCCGAAGCCCAUAUUCCUCACUCAUGCGGACAUUGAUCUUGCAAAAGCGCGCAUGCGAGAAGCUAAAGUCAGAACACCUGGUAAACUGAACCUUGACGUGUUCAAGCGCAGCCUCAAGAGAUGGCACAUUUACGUCUUCAUCCUCUGUUACAUUGCCAUGAUCAUCGCCUCGUAUCCAGCGCAGUACAUGAAUUUAUGGCUCAAGGACGAAGGCUUCUCCGUGCCUCAAAUCAACAAACUACCGACAGCGGUUAAUGCCAUCACUGUUGUUUCGUCUUGGCUUGGAACAACAUUAGCAGCUAUUUACCCUUCAUGGGUACUGUACUCGAUCUCCAUGGGCACUUGCGUCUUCUCAGGGAUCUGUAUGACUAUAUGGAACAUUCCAAGGGCACUAAAGUUCGUAGCUUGGUACGCAUUGGGACUCCAAGGUUGCGCAAGCCCCAUACUCUAUUCAACUGUCAACUUGGUACUGAAAGACGAUGCGGAAGAAAGAGCCCUCACUGUGGGAGCCAUGAUGGCAUUUGGAUAUUCGUUUAACAUCUGGGUUCCCCUAUUGCUUUUCCCUACAGCUGGAUCUUGGGGAGCACCAAGGUGGAAAGCCGGCUGGCCUGCAACGAUUGCCUUCUAUACCCUCCUUUGGAUUGGCUUCAUUGUCGUAAUAUAUCUUCACCGAAGGGACACCAGAAACCAAGUCAUAGAAGACAAUGGGGUUGGUGCUAUCGAAGAAGUCAGCGAAGAUGACGACGACACCAACAACGUUGCUUUAGGAGAUGGAUCUAGAGACAGAAAAGAAGCCAUUGGAAAUGUGGGAACACUUCCGCUCCCAGAGACAACAUGA